AUGAACACUUUCGCGGCGAGCUUCACCGCCCGAACAUGCAGCACACGCCGCGACGCAAUUCCGUUAAAACACCGCUCCCUUCACCACUUCAUCAACAGACGCCUCACGUUUCUUCCCACCAGAACCACCCUCCCAUCUACAAGACUCGUCUGCAUGGCGGAACCUUAUCUGCUUUUGAAGCUUGAAUCUGCUGAGAAAACAUGGAAAGAACUAUCGGUGAAGCUUGCUGAUCCAGACGUUGUUUCUAAUCCCAGCGAGUAUCAGAAGUUAGCACAAUCGGUGUCGGAGCUUGACGUGGUUGUGUCCUUGUAUAAUAAGUUUAAAGACUGUGAGAAGAUGCUUGAAGACACCAAAGCCUUAACAAAGGAUGACGGCAAUGAUGAGGAUAUGGCGGAAAUGAUAUCUUACGAAGUUGAAUCUUUGUCCAAGCAACUCUCAGAGCUAGAGGACAAGCUGAAGGUUUUACUGCUUCCCAGUGAUCCUCUGGAUGCAAGAAACAUAAUGCUUGAAGUAAGAGCAGGUACUGGUGGUGACGAGGCUGGAAUAUGGGCUGGUGAUCUUGUCCGAAUGUAUGAAAAAUUUAGUGAACGGAAUUCUUGGAAGCAUUCUGCCAUUUCAUGCUCUGAGGCAGAAAAAGGGGGGUACAAAACUUAUGUGAUGGAGAUAAAAGGAAAUCGUGUCUAUAGUAAAUUAAAAUACGAAUCUGGUGUCCACCGAGUUCAACGUGUUCCUCUAACAGAGACACAGGGCCGCAUACAUACUUCUACUGCAACAGUUGCCAUCAUGCCAGAGGUUGAUGAAGUUGAAAUUGUAAUUGACCCAAAAGAUAUUGAACUGACAACGGCACGUUCUGGGGGUGCAGGAGGCCAGAAUGUUAAUAAGGUUGAAACAGCAAUUGAUCUUGUUCAUAAACCAACGGGAAUCCGCAUCUUUUGUACUGAACAAAGGACUCAGAAUCAGAACAAGAAACUUGCUCUUCAGUUACUGCGAGCCAAACUAUAUGAGAUAAAAUCAAGGGAGCAGCAAGAGUCAAUACGAAAUCAAAGAAAAUCACAGGUUGGUACAGGAGCGCGUUCAGAAAAAAUUCGGACAUACAAUUUUAAGGAGAACAGGGUUACUGACCACAGAUUGAAGAGGAACUUUGAGCUCACCUCUUUUCUAGGUGGUGACAUAGAGGAUGCUGUUCAGUCUUGUGUUUCACUUGAGCAAAAGGAGCUUAUGGAAGAACUUGUUGAGACUAUGGGUGCUUCUACUAAGUGA